GGUUUUUGACAUGGUAUCAGAGCCAAAGGUCUUGGGUUCAACUCCCAGUGCCAGCGCUGCAGAGGCGCUCGUGUCUUCCACCUAUCCCAGCGGGGGGGGGGUGUUGAGUGACCCGCUGGGGUUGCCCUUGAGAUCCUCGGGGAAGGGCCACAGGUCGACAGAUAUCGCGAAGCUGUGCGAAGCCGUUCCUCCGGAUUUAGCGGACCUGAUUCGAAAAUACCCCGAGAUCUUCCCGGACGAUCUACCCGCCGGACUUCCGCCAAGCCGACCUGAAGACCACCGCAUCGAGCUGGAACCAGGCGCACAACCGACAGUUCAGCGACAAUUGCGGCUCAGCCAACCGGAACUCGAAGAAUUGCAGCAACAGCUGGAUUACCUGCUGACGAAGGGUUUUAUCCGGCCCAGCACGUCCUCAUACGCCGCCCCGAUCCUGUUCACACCGAAAAAAGAUGGAGGAUUCCGCAUGUGCAUCGACUACCGCGCGCUCAACCGCAUCACCAUCAAGUCCCGUUACCCGAUCCCGCGAGCCGACGAUUUACUCGACCAACUUCGCGGAGCCAAGGUCUUCUCGAAAAUCGAUAUGCGAGGGGGUUACCAUCAAAUUCGCGUCGCCGCCGAAGAUUGCCACAAAACCGCAUUCCGAACCCGCUACGGCAGUUACGAAUACCUGGUGAUGCCAUUCGGCCUCACGAACGCGCCUUCAACUUUUCAGAUGACCAUGAACGGCGUUUCCCGGGAACUCCUGGAUAAAUGCGUGAUUAUCUACCUCGACGACAUCCUAAUCUACAGCCGCAGCAGGGAGCAGCACUUAAAGGAUCUUGAUGCAGUCUUCACGCUACUGCACAAGAAUCGCCUCAUCACGAAAGGAUCUAAGUGCGACUUUCUUAAGCAGGAGUUGGAGUUUUUGGGCCACGUCAGGCAGCAAGCUGCAAUUGACCAACUCAAAAUCGCCCUCAUGACGCCGCCCGUUCUUCGCAUCUCCGAUCCUAACCGUCCAUACGAAGUCGUCACCGACGCAAGCGACAUCGCCAUCGGCGCAGUUCUUCUACAGGAUUUUGGCGACGGGUUACAACCAAUCGCAUACGAAUCACGGAAGCUGCAGGGCGCGGAAAAAAACUAUACUGUCCACGACAAGGAAAUGCUGGCGAUCGUCCACGCGUUCAAAACCUGGCGGUGCUACUUGACAGGCGCUGACGUCACGGUGCGGACUGACCACAAAUCAUUACAAUACCUGCGCGCCCAACCGAACCUCAACCCCCGACAGAUCCGAUGGCUCGAUUUCCUCGAGUCAAAUUUCCAUUACACCAUCACCUACAAACGGGGUGCCAAUAAUAUUGCCGAUGCCUUUACUCGCCCUACUGCCCAUACCGCUGCUAUACUAGUCGCCCAGACCAGCCCAUUACUUACCGGAUUAUUAAACCACGGCUACAAGACCGAUCCCUUCUUCCGCUCUGCUAUCCAUCAAUAGCAUACCACCGCCAGUGGACCG